AUGCCCGUAUUGAAUCCCUUUCUCCGGGCGCUCUUCCAGAGUAGUGUGCUGGGUCAUGCCCUUCCCGCCCAAAACUACGUCCUCUUGGUUCCCACCACCGAAGCCCUCAUUUACGGCCUGGAUCGCGAGACCGGGAAACGCUACGCCGACCAAAGCGACGAUGAGGAUUUCCUGGGUGCCCAUAUCCUGCGCAUCCCCCCUUCGCAGGCCAAGGAGACCAAUGUCAGAGAUGUCCGGGGAAAAGCCAAAACAUAUUCCACGGUCAACGCGCGCACAGUCAUAGUCAAAGAGAAUGUUGUCUACACCAAUAAGGGCUUCAAGCAGUUGACCACGGCUCAAAUCCUACAAGAUGUCAUCUACUAUUCCACUGGCUCCGACAUGCAGCAAUGGAUGAUAUACUACAUCUCCAAGCCCCUCACCGGCUCAUACGAACCUGUGCCUAUAAGCCCAGCCUCGCUCAGCCAGUCGCAGAAAUCACCACAACCUGCAGAUUCCUCCCAACCCCGGAAGAAAGACAUCAAGACGUUUAAUGAGCUGCUCAAUAACUUCCCAAUGAUCGCCAGGCAGAUGCAACCAGGACUCGAAAGACUAUUUAAUGAGUUUGGGAAAGAGCUGGGCAGACCCUUACCGCCGCCACCGUCGUUAGAAGACCAUGCCGAGCCAUCCUUGAGUGGCACAACCCAAGUCUCAGAGAACGGUUCGAUCAAAUCCAAUGGUUCCGUAAAGCUGCCAUUCAAUCCUGAUGGUUAUUUCGAAGACGAAGAAGACCUGAUGUGCAAAGCCCUCGAAACGGCAGUGACUGCUGCGAUUGAUCUGUUUCAGGGCGUCGACAAGCAACAGCUGUCUCUGCUUGGUGCAACCACCGAUUUGACCGGACCGGCUGUCGAGCGCCUGAUCGAGCGUUACGUUUCCGAGUCUGUUCACGAUCAACUACUGUUUCCAAGACUUUGCGCCUUCCAUAAACCGCACGACCAAGAGCUCGACCGGCGAAUACGACAGAUGGAUGGCUUAGACGUAUCUCAAGUUGGCAUUGCUCUGGAAGAAGGUCGGGACAGCAAGAGAGACCUCCUUACCAGGAUAGACAGCGGCGUGACCGCCUUCCGACAAAUGGGCGUUGCUGGAAGUCCGCAGCAAAUGCUUGAUGUACUGUUGGCCGCUCAGAAAGCAGUUUCGGAGUCCGGACGAGCCGCCAACAUCGCAGACGAGGAGAAACGGGCAACCGCCAUAACCAUCAACGCUGAUAUUCUGGUCUCUCUGCUUCUUCUCGUGGUUAUCCGGUCACAGGUUAGGCAUCUCCAGGCUCGCUUAUCCUACAUGCAGCGCUUCAUCUACAUAGAAGAUGUCGAAAGCGGCGAGAUCGGAUACGCGCUCAGUACGCUAGAGGCGGUACUGACCUACCUCGCGAGAGAUUCGGGUGGUUUGCGAAAAGCGUCUAAACAGAACAAAAUCCUCUGGGAUGCGGUCAGGUCUGGCAAUUUGGACGAAACACGCGCUGUUUUCCAAGGCUCUAGCACGGCUAUCUGUGAUGAGGUUGUGACUGAGCCUGAAGAAAUGCCGGUGCUGUCGAGAACGUCAUCCUAUUCAAACGCCAAUGGCUCGUUAUCACGGCAAUCAUCAUACGACGGUGGGUUGUCACACGUAUUUCCUUUCCAAGCACCAAUGAAGAAGAAAAAGAAACGAGUCCACAUGGAUUCCAGGAGCAUGUCCAUGUCUUCGAGUCUGUCUCUGUUGUCAAGAACAGCAACAAUCGAGACGACGCUCAGCGGUAUAGAAGGAGACACAUCUGUCUCGUCCCUGGCUCAAACACAGGAUCCAGCUGGCAAUUCUGUGCUGAUGAUGGCGGUCGAAACCCAGCAGACAUCAGCUUUGCAGUACCUGCUUGGACUUGAGGAGCACUAUCCAACGCCAGUCAUCCUGGAAGAUGAAACCAUGGAAGGAACCACGCUCCUGAGCGCUGCUAUUCAGCUUGCUAAUGUCGAGCUCGUCGACAUCCUGCUGGACUAUCUCGAACGAAAUGUAGAGGAGUCAACGUUCACGGACUAUGUGGCUAAGCAAGAUUCACGGGGUCGAAGUGCAGCACACUACAUUUUCAAUACGCCCAGCAUGAUCGCAAAGUUGGCUGAAAUCCUACCUUGGAGACAGAGAGACAAGAUUGGCCACACGCCCCUCUUUGCCAUCUGCAGGACGUACGAUCACGCAGACUACAGUAACAUGGUGUCUGAAGCCCUUACAGCGGCACAGAAAGCUCAGGGCGACGAUCGUCCAUUGCGUGUCGCCGAACAUAUGGAUAACAAGAGCAACAGCCUCCUGCACAUCGUCAAAGACGCAAACAUCAUGCUACGGAUGCUGAGUCAGUGUGAUGUCGAUCCCAACAUCAUGAACGACAAAAAGUUCACGCCACUGAUGCUGGCCAGCAAGUACGGUCGCGUCGACAUGGUACGGAUCUUCUUCGGUGAUCCUCGAGUAGACCUCCACCUCAAAGAAGCAAGAGGCUUGACGGCGGUCGAGCUAGCCAAAGAUGACGAAGUCCGCAAUCGUAUCGACGAUCUUUCGCUAUUCUCCAGUACCGCGACCGCCAAUACACCUGACUCUACCGGCCGCAUCACCGCAAUCGUCCGCUCCUUCUUCGUUGAAGACGGGUCAACACGAUUCGUCCUCAAAUCCGGCGCACCAAACGCUGCCGUCUCCGCCACAACGUACACCAUCACGACCUCGCGUCGCUCUCUCCUCGAUUUCGAAAACCUAGCCAAAUGGCUCUCUAUGGAUCAUCCAGCCUCAUACAUCCCCAAUAUCAAAGCCGAUGCAUUUCGCUCCCCGUUCCAACUACAUGCCAAACCGUCCCGCGCCGCCCUCUACGAAUCUCAAACAACUGUCGACCGCUUCCUCAAGAUCAUGAUCUCACACCCUACUUUCUCGACACACGAAAUGCUGUGGGAAUUCUUCCUCGUGCCUGACAUGUCUGCGGACCAGAUCGCCGAGCGUGCAGCACUCAAAGCGCAGCUCACCCAAGAGAAGAUCAACGAAGAAUACGAGCCCAUGACAGAGCACGCCGACCUACGCGACGUCGAGUCCGUCGUGACCCACAGCCGAGACAUCGUCCGACGCCUGUCGAUCCACACGCGCAACGUGAUCCGCAAGGGCUUCGCACUCGCGCACGCACAGGCCGACGUCGCGACCGCCGUGUCCCUGCUCGCGACGGGUGUCGGCUCCCUGGCGCCCCCAUCGCCGUGCCUUCCGCAGAUGCACGCGGAUGCGCUGGCCAAAUUCGCGGCACUGCUGCACCUGGAACCGGCGUCUAACCCGCUCAUCACCUACACGUCGGGCCUACAGGCACUACAGUCGACGAUCCUCGCGAUUCAGAGCUCCCUGCUGCGGCCCACGUCGCUCAUCGGCCAGAUUGCGGGUGCACAGCGGGCGCUUGAGAAGAACCGGCGCGCGCUCGUGGACGCGAGCGCGCCCAAGAAGGGGCCCUUCAACCUGAGUCUGCCAGGCUUGGAGGAGAGUCGGAUGCGGGGCAUGCGUGAGUCGGAGAGGAAGAUUGCUGAGUGUGAGGUGGAGAUCGAGGCCAAGGGGAAGCUGUUGAGGUACAGCCAGGAGGUCGUCAUGGGUGAGGUCGCCGGCUGGACGGGCUGGAGGGGCAGCUAUGGGAGGGAGGAGGUCAAGCGGUUGGUGAGGGGUCAGGUGGUGAGGGAGCGCGAGCGUCUCAGGGGCAUGGAGAGGGUGUUGAGGAGUUUGAGAGAGGGCGGGGGCGGCAAGCUUGAGAAGUGA